GAGUGAGCAGAAAUGAAAGGACAGAAGGCACUAGGAAAGAAUGAGAAAAAUGAAGUUCAUUCAGGUUUAGUGCAAGGCUUGUGUUGCAGUGUGACACGCCCCAUUUACACCAGAAGGAGGAAAGUAUCCACAACCAGUCUGUGGAUAACCUGUGCAGCACAUACAUAGCUCCUGGUUAUUAAGGAGAUUACAGUUUUGUAGCCUUUUGCUGUGGGACCUACACUGUUCUUAUUUGAAGAAGGGAGCUUCUUCACCUUCCAAGCCAGUCCUUUUACUGUCUUGUACAUACAGGGAUACUGUUCUAAGCAAAACUUUGGGAACAUGGAUGGCUGUUGUAUGUCUGGUGAAGAGAGGGAGAGUUACAGGAUCCACAAAGAGAUUGAGAGACAGCUGAGAAUGGACAAAAAUGAUGCACAUCGACAGCUAAAGCUGUUACUUCUAGGUACAGGGGAGAGUGGUAAGAGCACCUUUAUCAAGCAGAUGAGAAUAAUCCAUGGAAAGGGCUACUCGGAGGAGGACAGAAGAGACUACACCAGGCUUGUCUUCCAGAAUAUAUUCAUUGCGGUUCAAGCCAUGAUCCAAGCCAUGGAGACCCUGCGUAUCCAAUUCAUAGAUGACAAAAACACAAAUUAUGCUGCAAUGCUAAGUAGUGUGACACCGGAAACAAUAAUGUCACUGGACGCCCGCCAUGCUGUGGCCAUAAAGAGUGUGUGGAGUGACCAUGGCAUGCAGCAAUGUUAUGAGAGGAGGAGAGAGUAUCAGCUGUCAGAUUCAGCCAAAUAUUACCUGGAUGACAUGGACAGAAUCUCCUCUGCUCUUUACGUGCCCACUGUCCAGGAUAUUCUGCGGGUCAGAGUGCCAACCACUGGAAUUAUAGAGUAUCCCUUUAACCUCAGCUCUGUUAUAUUCAGGAUGGUUGAUGUGGGAGGUCAGCGGUCAGAAAGGAGGAAAUGGAUUCACUGUUUCGAGAAUGUGACCUCUAUAAUCUUCUUGGCGGCACUGAGUGAAUAUGACCAGGUCUUGCUUGAGAAUGCCAGUGAGAACCGUAUGGAUGAGAGCAAGGCUCUUUUUAAAACCAUCGUCACUUACCCAUGGUUCCAAAAUACCUCCAUCAUCCUUUUUCUCAACAAGACAGACAUCCUUAAAGAGAAAAUCACCAAGUCUCACAUUGCAGACUACUUUCCUGAAUACCGGGGCCCUAAGUGUGAUGCAGAUAAUGCAAUGAAGUUUAUUCUCAAAAUGUAUGAAGAGCAGAACACGGAACGCAAGCGCAUGUACUCGCAUUUUACAUGCGCCACAGACACAGAAAAUAUCCGUUUGAUCUUCUCAGCAGUGAAAGACACUAUAAUGAGGAUUCACUUUGAAGAGUUCAACCUGACUUAAAGAGACACUUGUGGCAUACAUGGCUUUUAAUGCUGAGGUUAUGACCAUUUAAUAUUAUUUGUGCAAACUCUUCAGAAGUCUGUAGUGGAAUGCUACAAGGUUGGUAUAGUGUGGUAUAGUCGAGCACUGUGAAAUUCCUUCCAAAAAACUUCAGAUUUAUUUUCAUUUUACUUAGUAAUUUUAGUUGCUGUUUUUCAUGAUUCUGACUGUAGGCCUAAAGGCCUUUGUGAUAUGAUGCAUAACUUUGGAAACCAGUUGAUGAAAAAACGGCAAAUGGUUAUAGAGUUAUAGCAUGAAACUAUCUGCUAUUCAGCUACAGAGUUUUUAUAUUUUGUUCAUUUUUUAGUUUUUUCUAAUGGGGGAUAUUUUCAAACAGUGGGAACCAUACUAUGUGAAGCUGCUGUGUGAUCCUAAUCUUUUUCUCAUAGCAGCUGAAAAGGAGAGGUAUCUGUACACCAGCUGUUUGAGUGGUUCAAUACUCAACUAAUGAUUUUCAAACAGGUUACACUUAAGCUGGCAAAUAAAGAUGUUGUUGGUUGUAUGUCACUUUUCCUCCAUGUCCAAGAGAGUAAAAGCUGGUAUAUUUAUGCUAUCCUGUGAAGAUCAAAAGAUGAGGAUUUUACUUGAAAGUUGAGCUGCCGCAAAGGAAACAAAGACAAAAGAGUUCAGUUUAAAACCUUUGCAAAUUAUACAAGCCUACCUCUACUCUCUGCAUAGCACUACAAUCUGAAUAUCAGGCUUUGUCAAAUUUUGAAUAUAACCUGUAUUUUCUUUUUUUACUGCUGUAUUUUUUGGAUUGGGUUUUUGUAUUUACUUAUUGUUAUCCUUCAGAGCAGCAGUUGAUAAACAAUUUUAAAACAUUAUGCUAAAUAAAUUGUAGGGAGGCGCAAUGUUAUUAAAAUCCUAUUGGCUUCAGACAGAUGUACAGAUAUUUAGAUUUGACCGAUAUUUUAAAUCAAUGUUUAGUGAUGUAUGUAUUUUAUUCUGUAAAAGCAAAAUGUUUAGGGGUAUCACUGAGUUACUGUGCUAAAAUGUAUAGAUUGUAUUAUUCUUAUUGUAUCUGUAAGCCUAUAGAAUUAAAUAUUACAUUUUUCAAUAAUGCUAAUUCAGGUGGAAGUAGUCCCAAUUUCUACAUUGUAAAAAUGUCUUUAUAUGUAUUGGCAUUGCCAUUGGCAGAUAUGUACAUGGAAAAUGUUGUAGAAUUCUGUAUUAAUUUGUACUCUA